UUUGGCGCGCGGUGCAUGCCGGGCAAGGGAAGGGGACCCGUGAGAGGAAAGGAGGGCAGACAGCCGUCGCGGCCUCGAUGUCUCGGGGCGGCUCGGCGCCCGGCUGGGGCUGGUGGCCUCCGUCGCGGCGGCGGGGGCGGCAACAGCAACGGGCCAGGAGAAGGGUGGCCGCCGGUUCCGGCUUCCUGGAAGGCACCUGGGCCUUUCCCGUGGCGGUGCUGGCGGUGGCGGGACUGGCGGCGGCGUCGCUCUCUUUGCUGGUGCUCGUGUUGGGCCUCUCUGGAGCUGCGCUCUCCCUGAUCGUGGCGGCGGCGGCGGCGGCGGGAUUCUGGAUAGUCUCCUCUGGAUUAGGCGGCGGCAGCAAGGACCGGAGGGGGACUCCCAUGCUGACCCCCCGCAUCUCCUUUGCUUCCAAGAGUAGCGAUACGGUCCUGGCCAACGGGGGCCCCUCCAUGAGCUACUCCUCGCCCGGACUGCUCGUGCCUGAAAGGAGGCGGGGGCAGGUUUGCGGGGAUCACCUGAGUCCAUCAACUCGUUUUACACUGACUCCUCGGCGGCGCUAUCCUAUCCAGCAAGCCCAAUAUGCUGCAUUGGGAACUCUGCCUUCAAUUUGCUGGGAUGAGUAUCGGCGGAAAAACAGGCUAGCCAUUCACCAUUCUAGCAUUGCCCACAGUCCUGUAACAGUGAAGAUUGCUCGGCCAGAAAGCAGCAUUGGCCGUUCUCCGCUGUUGGAGCAGUUGGUUUCUCCUGUGGCUUUCUCUUCAGCAUCUAAUACUAUCCUGGAUCCAUGUGCAAAAGAAACUGUCUUGAAUGCUCUCAAAGAGAGCCGGAAGAGAGCUGUGGAGGAAGAAGAGGAGGACCAGAACUUUCCAAAUGGUCAGGAGAACAAGAAAAGGCGCCAUGAUAGUACUGGAAGUGGUCAUUCUGCAUUUGAGCCCUUGAUGGCCAAUGGAAUACCUGCAUCUCUUGUGCCCAAGCCUGGGUCUCUGAAGCGGGGACUUAUUCCUUCACACUGCCUAGAAGAUUGCUCCUCUAAGAGAUCGCGCACUUCUUCCCUCAGUUCUGUGAAUAGUCUGUCUGUGGGUGGUAUACCAAGCUCUAUCCGCAAUGCUAUUGCCAGCUCAUACAGCUCCACCAGAGGUCUCUCACAGCUAUGGAAGAGAACGGGACCAAGUUCCUCUCCUCUUUCCAGCCCAGCAUCCUCUCGGUCUCAAACACCUGAAAGGCCUAACAAGAAAGCAAGAUAUCCCAGCUCCAACAUCACUGAAGAAGAGCCUCAGAAAGCCAACUUGCAAAUGCCUGUGACAGCAGAAAAAGAGACACAGGAAGAGAAGAUUUCAGAAUCACCCUUGAAGAAUAAAAGCAACUAUGUAAGUUCACCAUCUUCAUCAGGAAACAAUGGCAAGCGCAAGCGGAAGAUUCAGCUACUUUCAGCUCAUCAUGGAGAUAAUUUUGCCUUGCCUCCACCACCUCAGCUGGGCUAUACAGUCACCCCAGAAGACUUGGAUGCAGAGAAGAAAGCAACACUACAGUGGUUCAACAAAGUCUUAGAAGAAAACAUUGAUUCCACCCCAAGCCCACCCGUGGAGACCACCUCUUCAUCCCAAACUUUGAACUUUUCACUGAUCUCCACCAAACCAACACCUGUGUCAUUGCCCAUCUCUACUGCUGCAACCAAUCCCCUUCUGGAGAGCUUGAAGAACAUGCAAGAAGGAAAGAGCUCUUCAGCACAAGCAGUGCUUUCUCCCUUUUCCCUUCUCUUCCCUCCAGCCAACACAGUUCCAGGGACUACAGGGAGCCCUCAGCUACCAGCUUUCUCUGCCUCACUGGAUUUGAGCUCCUCUGUGACAGUGACAUCCCCUAAGCCUCUGGCUCUCAACGUACCUGUUUCCCUGUCCACUGCUUCUCCUCCUUCAGGAACUUCCCCGCCCACCAGUAGCACAGGCAGUUUGGUGAUGGCUUCUUCUGAGCUGGGCCACAUUCCAGCCAGACCCUCGUCUGCUCCAAAGCCCAGCAUCCUCUUUGGGAUCCUCACCAGUCCUCCAGACGACAAGCCCCCAGCUGCAACAACGCCAUCUUCUUCUGCGCCCAGCACGGUGCCUGUUUUCAAACCAGUGUUUGGCAGUCCAGCAAAAAGUGAGAACUUUGGCUUCUCCACAAGCGGCACCACUGUGGUUUCUGCCACUGCGCAAUCUGUGCCUUCUUUGGCACCUCCUGUUGCUCCCAGCGGCAUAUUCAAACCCAUCUUUGGAUCGCUGUCCACACCAGCAACUGCUGUUCUGCCUACAACCACAUCAUCUUCUCCCUUCACAUUCAGCCAGGCCCCUCAGACAGCAGCAUCGUCUGGCCUUCCUGCCAUCAAUGCCUCAAGCAGUUUAGGGCUCCCUGUUCUCCCAGACGCAACUGUUACCACCUCGGUGUCGUCCCCUGGAACAGCAAGCGUGACAUUUGUCUCCAUGAGCAAACCUGUGUUCAGUUUUGGGCCGGGCAUACCAUCCUCUGCCGUUGCUCCCAACAGCAGCAGCAGCAGCAGCAAUAACACUCCUGCCACUGUUGUCUCCACGCUGACAUCCCAGCCCUUGCUAUUUGGGGCUGCGCCCAAUGCCAGCACAGCUGCCAUGCCCCUUUUCCAGUUUGGCAAGCAAGCUGCUCCUACAGGCGCCACUGUCAAUCUCUUGGCACCCUCCAGCACCACUAACUCAGCUCCCACUAUUACUGCUGCUGCCGCCACCGCCAUCACCACAACCAAUACUUCCUUCAGCAUUUUUAGUGGCGGCAGCAGUUCCACACAGGCUUCUUCAGCACCAUCAGCCACCACGCAAGCUCCACUGGCGUUUGGAUCUUGCACCUCUGCGUUCAGCAGUACCUUUGGGGCUGCCUCAAAACCACCCCCUCCGUACCCUGCAGUUACAACCCAGCUGGCUUUUGAUUCAGGUGUCUCUGAGGGCCAGCAGGCAGCUGCCAAGCCCCCGGCAGCAGGACCCCUGAACUUUGGGACUCCUUUCAGCUUCACUGGUUCAGUAGCCCAACCUGCAGCCCAGCCAGCAUUUGGUAGCUCCACACAGACCCCUUUUGGAGGGGCUGGCCCCUUGGCAUCUUUUGGAGCCAAAAGUACUUCCCAGCCAGCAUUUGGAGUUGCAUCGUCCAUCUUUUCUUUUGGGACAGCCACCACAUCCAGCACUCAGACUACAAGCAGCAGCACAGGAAGCUCUGUGUUUGGAGGUUCAGCCCCAGCUCCGUUCACCUUUGGGGCAUCGAAUCCCCCAAGUGUAGCAGGCAGUGCUUUUGGCGUUGGUGCCAGUGCUACAGGCCCAGGAGUGCCCACAGUUGGAUUCAGUUUCGGCAGUGGGCAGAGCGGAGCUGCAGAGGGAGUGACACCCUUUGGAACUUCCUUGGCACAAAACCCUCUGGGUGCCCAGAACCAAAACUCUGCCUUUGCUUUCAACAUCCCAAAUACCCCUGAGAGCAAGCCAGCAUUUGGAGGAACUCCCACACCUACAUUUGGACAAAGUACAGCUACACCAGGUGGUGGCACAGUAGGGAGCUGCAAUCUUUCCUUUGGAACACCCAUCACCCCCACCUUUGGAGGUGGGACACCUCCUUUUGGGCCAGCAACAGCCACCUUCUCCAUUGGAGCAGGAUCCAAGACAGGAACUCGCCAACGGCUGCAGGCCCGGAGGCAGCAUACUCGUAAAAAGUAACCUGGAGCAGCUUCCUGCCUGGACUUCAACUCCCAGUUGAUCUGCUGACGGAUCCUCCUAAUACCUUACUACCCAAGGAAGACUUAUUCAGCUGGACUGUCCUGGGAGUCUCUUUUCUAUAACAACCACAGGAAGCUAUUCUGGAUCAAAGAGUGAUUUUUACCCCUUCAAACGGGAUAGGAGAAACUUAAGCCCUUUUUACUUGAACAGUCUAUGGCUGAGUCUGGAUGAAAAAUUUGUACAUAUCCUCUAUUUUCCCUUCUCCCUGUGGACCUCUCCCAUUAAUCUUCCCUUCUUUCUCUGCUCUUAACUUCAUUCCUUUUUGGCUGCUUACUGAGGGGUGUCGGGGAAAGUAUUUGGCUUGCAGCCAUAUAAACAUUUCUGAUUGAAACCAACUGUUAGCUCCCACCUUCAGUUUCAUCUGUCUUUGGAAGCCUUUUCCAGAGAAUCUUUAGGGCUUCCUUGAUACAAAGUCACAUCAAAACACGGUCCACUGUAAGACCCCUCUUGUCCCAUUGGGAUAGUCUUGCCAAAGCUUUUUGGCUUCCUGUGGUUUUAGCUUUGAGUUGGGACAUCAAUCAUUGUUGCUGAGCCUAACAGCAGAGAUGUGGUUGGAUAGCAACAUGAAAUGGAGAAACAACUUGGUAUCAGAGGUCCAGGGGGAAAUCUCCCUCACUGGUCUGCUUCUUCCAUGACCGUUUGGUGAGGAAGAUGAUGCCAUUCACCCCUACAGCUUUUCAUUUCUGCAGCCUUUCCUUUCCCUCUGCCUUCCUCUCUCCUCCCCUUCAAAUGUCUGUGUUUUGCUCACAGUAUGUUUGUGUUCUUUUUUUAUUGCUCUGUGAAUUGAGUUUGGAGGAAGAAUUGAAUUGUAUGUGUGGCGGCAUGUUGGUAAUGCCGGACUUGUUGUAAACAUUUUUCAGGGUACCUGUCUCCAACGGAGACGAACCCUGCCUAAUUGGGUGUGGACAGUCACUGCAUGGCUACAUGUGCUGAAUGAAAUGUGAAGACUUCAACUUUGGAAGGCUGGAAGUGCCACCUUGGGUCUGGACCCAAGGCCUUCAGAGGAAGACAUACCUCCCUGAUGUUUGGUGGCUCCAGGACCUUGUGAAAAGUUCUCGUUCUGUGCUGGGCUUUGGAGUAGGGAGGAAAAAUAUUUCUAAGGUGGAAGAGUAGAAUCGUAAGCCCUGUGGGGGCUCUGGCUGAAAUCUGAUUAUUAUUUUUUUUCAACUUAAAAGAGCUUGAGUCACAGCAGUCAGCCAUUGCGGGUAGACAAGCAGCUCGGCAACAAAAACGGUUCUUCUCAGCCAGUUUUGUUCUUGGAAGUCAGGCCAGCUGCCAGUGGUGUGAAUGUGUGCGUGAGCCUGCCUAAUUCUAAAUUUAAAAAAAAAAAUAUUUAAACAUUUUUUAACAAAGUGAAACUUUAUUUUUAUAUUUAAGCUAAAUUGCCUUUAAAUUCCUUCAAGCUUGGUUCAUAGAGGUGUGAAAGUACAAAGUUGUUCAUUAGCAAUUUGCCUGUGCUGUUACGAGACAACAGGGCUUAUAGGGAAAGUGGGGGGAACAUCUGCUUUCUUGCCACCACCCCCUCGGGCUUCACAGGUCAGUGUUUCAUGUGUUUGUUGAAUAAUGUGAGUGUGGCUCAGUCUGUUCCAUAAUGCUUGAGAGCUCUUGCACGUUUAAGUCGGGCUGGGAAAGUGAAUCUGGGUCGGUGCUUGUCAUUGGGAGGGAAGGCAGAUGUGCAGCUUGUAAAACAAUGGCCACUUUAGUGAUUGCUUGGGACAGAGACUAACUUUGUUGGGGAAAAGGGCCAUCUUCAAGAAUCCCAUCCAUUAUUUAAUAUAUUAGUUAAUAUUGACCAGUUAACUAAUAUUCUUAAUAAUAACAGCUCAUAUUUCACCUCUCCACAUCUGGCAGUGGAAGGGCUGGGUGGUUAGUCCUCUGCCAGCAACAUGGAGAGGUGUUUCCUUAGUGCCCCGAGUCUGCAAUGAACCAGUCAUUUCUCCAGCUGGGAAGCAGCUGUCCCCACCCACCCCUAUAAAGGUAGAGCACCUUUUGUUACCAAGAUAUUGCUGUGUGUGAAUGAAAUGAAGUAAGUAAAAAUAAAAAGAAUGGGCUGGCUUUUUUAAAAGUUGCAAUGGAGACUUGGAUCAUUCCUGUCAAGGGUUUUAGUGUGACUGUGCAAUUUCUUUUCCUUGCUUAUGUUGAUUUAAAAUAAAACUGCUUGAGCCAGAA